AUGAGGUCCAGCAAAGAAGCCAAGAAGCCCCGAGUGUUCACAAUUCUCUACAUCUGGUUAUUUUUCGUGCCCGUGUGGACUUGUAAGGUGUGCUAUGAUGAGGACGAGUUGAACGCUGUGGCAGAGAAGAAGCUGAGCCACCACUACCUGCAGUACCCCACUAUGAAGACAGCCCCACGUGCCUCACCUGUGACCUGCCCGUUACAGCAGUUCAAGGAGGAUCCGCUGGAGCCCCACAAGGACAGGUCCCUGUCCCCGUGGAGAUACGUACUCAAAACCAAUGUGGAUUACUACCCUUCCACCUAUGCUGAGGCUGAGUGCCUAUGCCAAGGAUGCAUCGUGUUCAAGAACCUAGACCCAGUUGAGACUCACGACUUCAACUCAGUCCCCGUCAUUCAGAGCAAGCUAUUUCUCAAGAAGGAGCCCUGCGGAGAGAAAAAAUACCACUUAAAGCCUGUCAGCAUACCUGUAGCGGUGGGCUGCACCUGUGUCAGAGCUGUAGCCUCCUACUCCUAG